GGCUGGGCCCUCCUCCUCCUCUUCCUCCUGCUCCUGCUGCUGUUUCCCCACUUGUGCGUGGCUCCCCUCCAUCUCUCUCUGUCUCUGUGGCUGUGGCUGUCUGUCCGUGGGCCCCUGUGCCCCCCAGACCGGCGGAGGGGACUGUCCCCGGUGGGUCUCGGCGGAGGGGGCGAUGUCGGGGCUGCGUGGCCCCGGGGCCCCCGGCGUGGCGGCGGAGAGCAGCAUCCCGGCCGGCCUGCGCCUGGGUCCCGUCUCCGGCGCCUUCAAACUGGGCAAGUACCUGUCCGAUCGGAGGGAGCCGGGACCCAAGAAAAAGGUGCGGAUGGUGAGAGGGGAGCUGGUGGACGAAGCCGGAGACGCGGCGGUGGAGUGGAUCGGGCUCAUCCGGGCUGCCAGACACGCGCAAGAACAGACCUUGGAGGCCAUUGCGGAUCUACCCGGCGGACAGAUUUUCUACCGGGCGCUGCGAGAUGUCCAGCCGGGGGAGGAACUCACGGUGUGGUACUCCAACUCCUUGGCGCAGUGGUUUGACAUGCCGACCACGGCCACCCCGACUCACGACGAGAAAGGCGAGGAGCGCUACAUCUGCUGGUACUGCUGGAGGACCUUCAGGUACCCCAACAGCCUCAAGGCCCACGUCCACUUCCACUGCGUCCUCCCCCACGGAAGGCCUUUCCUCAGCCCCCCGGAGCCCUCCAGGCCUUCGGAGCUCUUCAGCCUCGCCGCCUUGAAGCCCGGAGCAGCGGGGCCGGCGCCCUUGAGGUCCAGCUGUCCGAGCGGAGGCUCCCGGCCGGAGGGGGCCCUCAUCAAGCGGGAGUCUUCCUCCUCCUCCUCCUCCUCGGGCUCCCCGCCUCUGGCCAAAGGAGGAGGACGGAGCAAGGCGGCCAAGGAGGAGCAGGAGAGGGCAUUGGACAUGAGCCUGGGCUCCGGACGGGGGCCCGGGCAGCUGUGGGGCCUCCUGGGCAACGGCUUGUCUUUCUACCCGGGCGGAGUCCGCUCGGCCUUCAAGCCCACCGGCUUGGCCAAAGCCCCCCACGCCGCGGAGCCGCCGCCGCCGCCUUUCCGGGAGGAAGGCAAAGGAGGAGCCGUCGGGGGGGUUCAGCAAACUCUUGGGGAGCCUCAAGCCCGGCCGAACCCCCACCCCAAAUGCCACCUCGGGGCCCCGGCUGCUGUAGCGGCUGCGGCGGCUGCUGCUGCGGCGGGGCUGGCUUACUCGGGGGGCGUCCGGGGCUUCCCGCUCCUCUCCCACUUCGAGGAGACCUCGGCCUUUAAGCACGUCGAGCGGGGGCUCCACGCCAGGCUCUCCCCUCCCGCCGGGCGCUACCCUCCCCUCCCCGUCGGGGCUAGUGGGGCCGGACUCCACUUGGAGCGCUUCGCCGCUGCCUUGCCGCCCUUCGAAGGCAGCGGCCUGAAGCCCUACUCUUCCUCCUCCUCCUCGUCUUCCGCCUCCUCGUCCGUCCCGUCGGGGGAGUGCCACUUUCCUCCCUUCAUGCCUUUCACCGUCUACAAUGGGGAGCUCCUCUACGGACCCCCCUACUACCCGCUCAAGCUCCACUUCGGGAAUCUUCUCAAGUAUCCGGACUCGGUUUCUUAUUUCAACGGGGCGGCGGCUGCGGCUGCGGCGGCUGCAGCGGCUGCAGCGGCGGGGCUGAACCCGUCGGAGCUGGGCUCUUUAGCCAGCAUCGAUCGGGAGAUCGCCAUGCACACCCAGCAGCUGUCGGAGAUCGCGGCGGCCGAGAAGAGCCGGGCCCGCUUGGAAGGGUUAGGAGCCUCAGGCCCUCUGCCGUCGGGGCCCCUGCCGUCGGUGUCAGGCCCCGGCAAGGCCAAGACGGGCCACUUGUGCCUCUACUGCGGGAAGCUCUACUCGCGGAAGUAUGGGCUGAAGAUCCACAUGAGGACCCACACUGGGUACAAGCCCCUCAAGUGCAAGGUCUGCCUCCGUCCCUUCGGGGACCCCAGCAACCUCAACAAGCACAUCCGCCUCCACGCCGAGGGCAACACGCCCUACCGCUGCGAGUUCUGCGGGAAGGUCCUGGUCCGACGGAGGGACCUCGAGAGGCACGUCAAGUCCCGGCACCCCGGACAGAGCUUGCCCAAAGGGGGCGGCAGCGGCGGCGGGGCGGAGGACAGGGCGGGCAGUGCAGAGCCCUCGGGGGCAGGAGCAGGAGCAGCGGGGGGCUAUGGCCGCCAAGCCCCCUCGGAGCCCAAGACCGACAACGAGAGCGACGUCGAUGUCUGCUUCACCGACGACCAAAGCGACCAAGACACCGGCGGCGGCAAUAGCAGCAGCAGCGGAGGAGGGACCUCUCGGCCCAAAGAGCAGCAAUGAGAGCAAACCCUUCCCAGCCACCCACCCUCCGCAAUCCUGGUAUAGCCACUGCAACGUCCAUCAUCCUCAUCGGGCUGGGUAGCUGGGCCCAAAGGACGAGGAGGCGACCGUCGGGACCCUUUUGGCUUCAAAGUCGCACUCGUUGGCCCAGGUUUUCCAAAACAACGACAUGAAUAAAAUGGUUCAGAGGAGGACAAGGGCGGGGGGGCAAAAUGGAGGACGCUCCAGGACAUUUGGAGGACCCGAGCCAAACCAAAGCUCCAAACGGUGACAUAAACAUAAACCCAUGCUUCUCUAGUCCUGCUCCGAAUGGGAGGACGUUGUGGAAUUCCUCCUGGACAGAAAAUGGAAAUGGAGGACAGAUCCUUGGAAAGGAGGUCCCCUGUAUUGAAAUCAUCUCUAUUUAUAAGGAUCUGCCCCCCCCCCCCCCGUCUCCCUCCAUGGCUGCAGAUCGGUCUACACACUUAUUUGGAUCUGCAAAGGGAUCUUAUAGCGCCUUUGUGACUGAAAGAUAGAAGUUGGUGGCAUAGACUCUGCUAGUCUUCAGCCUACUUUCUUCCAAAGGCAUCUGAGGAAGUGGGACUUCAGUCUAGCAAAGCUCAUGCUGUCAACUUCUUUCGUACAUUUAGUCUCGAAGGUGCUGCAAGAUCCCUUUGCAGACUGGUUUUUCCAGACUAACAUGGUUGUGUCUCUGAAUUGUACACUUAUUUGGGAUUCACAGUGCGCCUCUCUCUCUAUGUUUGCUCGAAAGUAAGCCCCUCUCCCUGUUUUCAGAGGGACUUGCUUCCCACUCUUGGUACCCUGAUAAGAUCCGGUGGAUAUCCUGUGACCAACAGUUUCCGGAGGUAUUUAGAAUUCUCCCCCAGAGAGCUCUAGUCCCUCCUCAAACUACAAAUCCCAGAAUCUCAUAGGCUGCAGCCACGGAAGUUAAAAUGGUGCUCUAUUUGAGGCGUGUGGACGAAUAAUUAAAUUGGGGUUUAGGAGUGAACCUAGUAGGACUUCGCCCUUCAAGUACCUAUGCCUAGAACCGUCUCCAUUUGCCUCGUUCCAAAAGAGUGAGGAAUGCAUAUUAGAGAGGCGUUUCCCAAUCGUGAGCCCUCUUGGUGUACCGACUGCAAUUCCCAUAAUCUUGGGCCUAAUGGCUGGAGAUGUUGGGACUUGUAGUCCACCACAUCUGAGAGCGACAGAUUGGGGAAAGCCUGCAUUGGAGGAGUUUUUCUCUUUGAAAGUUCUCCAUGACCUUGAUGCUGAAUUCCCCACAUCCCAAAUAUCUGUUCAGGUCCAAAACACAGUGCAGAAAUAACCCAGUCUGAGAUGGCUUUAACUGCCCUGGCUCAGUGCUAGGGAAUCCUGGGAAUUGUAGUUUUAUUGUGGCACUAGAGCGCUCUGCCAGAGAAGACUACUGUAUAUGUCUCCCAUAACUAUAGUUCUCAUAAUUCCCUAGCAUUGAGCCAGGGCAGUUAAAGCGGUCUCAAACUGGAUUAUUUCUGCACUGUGUUUUGGACCUCAGAAGUAACCCCUUGGUGAUUUCAGUGGGACUUUCUUCGAGGCCAGCUGGUUUAGGCUUAGCCGCUUUGGGUCGCAUAUGGGAGAAAAGGAGGAUAUCAAUAAAAUAAUUAAAUAGGCUGCAGACUCUGGAGACGAAAUUCACCACCUCAGCUCUUGCUUUGGGUUCAUCUACACGGUAGAAAUAAUGCAGUUUGACGCCGCUUUCAGUGCUGCAGCCCCACCCUUAUGGACUCCUGGGAUUUGCAGUUUUGCAAAGGCUUGAGCCUUCUCUGCCCAAGAGAGCUGGUGCCUCGCCAAACUACAAAUCCCGGGAUUAUAUAGGAUGGAGGAGCUAGGGUCGUUAAAGCGGUGUCAAACUGCAUAAUAGAUGCAAACACUGUAGAAUCAUUGGUAUUGCAAUCCAACAAUAUUUAGAGGGUCACAAAUUCCCCAGCUGUGCAAAAACCCUAGCCGCCCUGUUGGAUUGCAUCUCCAAGCAGCUCCAGACAGCAUAGCCAUUGGCAAGGGAUCAUGGGUGUGGCAGUCCAACAUUUGGAGGGAUUCCCACUCCUGUUG